AUGAAUUUAUAUUUUUGCUGCUGUUUUAGAGAGCCUCCUCCUGAUGAAGAUCAUGCAUUGAUAAGACCUUCCGUUGUAGAACCAAGAGAGUGAGUAACUUUAUGCGUUUUGAACAAGGAAAUAAAUAAUAGUUUGUUCCUCGAAAUUUAUCCGAAAAUAUUUCAUUACAAUAUUUUGCGUUUCUUGUUUUAGCUUUAUGGAAGUUUCGCUCAGAAACGCCGAAGAGGUAUGUUUCUAGGAACGAACUUAAUGUUGGGGCCGUCCAUUAUAAUGUACCUGGGCCUGGUACCGAAAGAAACUAAAAACAAUGUAAAUUUUAUUCACCCCAUUGCGUAGAAUUCCUAAUAUAGAACGGUCAACAUUUUCCUUAUGUUAGUUGAUCGGCCUUUUGUUGAUUGGCUAACGUGUUCACUGCAUCUUUGAUGUAUCGUCUUGGGUGUCCACGAGCCUCGGAAAUCUUGGAAAGUCCCUGAAUUGGAAAAAAAUUUCCAGACCUGGAAAGUCCUUAAAAAAUAGUGCAAGUCCAUGAACUUCUGAAACUUCUUUCCAGCUGUACUGAUAACACUUGAACAUGCAUUAUACCAGUGCCACAUAUAUUUAUGCUUAUUAUAUAGAGAUAAAGCACAUACUAAGACAAUGGAUUAUAUUAUGGGGAAAAUAGUGAAGUAUUAUCCAAGACUCCAAGUACCGCCAUUAAUAUCCGGUUAUUAUCCAGUGAUAAUUUUUCCCGAUCGGUAUCCGGUAGAUGGCUAUAUUUUACUGGAUAAGGUUUUUCCAGUUUUAGGAGCUUUGAAAACUCAUGCAUGAGUGUAUGUUUUUCCAAAUUCCACGAGAAACCGUACUAUUACUAGUUAAUAAUAUACUUGAAAAAAUUAUGCAGUCAUAUCCAUGUGUAGAUCACAUGCGAGAUAGAUAAUUUUAUUAAUAUAAAAAAUUUUAUUAGAAAAUUUUGUCACUCGUAAUGUUUGGGUUUUUUGUAUUAUUUUCACUUUUUGCACUAUAUUUCAUUUUUUGCAUGGUAUUUCGCUUUUUGGCACUGUAUUUCGAAAAAAUUGUACUGCUCACUACAUUUGCCCUAAUGAGGGCAAAACAAAGCAAGUUUUCGAACGAUAGAAAUGUUUUAAAUUGGUUGUUUCUGUGUUGAACCCAAAAGGGUCCUCAAUUUUUUCCCACAAGUAAAUGUAAAACAGUCAGGACUGUCGAUAAAACCAUGCAGGCUUCAAUACCUGAAUUGUAGCGAAAUGGUGAAAAGUGACUUUUCUCGGGUUUUACACACUUUGUCCCUUUCGUUUGACUGAAUUUAUCCGGCAAUGCUCUUUUUUAGUCUCUAUGCGUGCAUUAUGCUGAGCAUUCGUUUUCAUUCGUUGCAACUGUAUUCAACUAAGCAUUUUGAUUUGUUGAAUGGUUAGUACAGGAAUGCUUUACAUCUUUUGUUUUCAACAAUUUCAGGCGCCUUCCGAAACCUUGUCUACAGCAGCAAUCACUAAACUCCCUUCACCCGCAACACCACCUAACCAACCCCCUCCUUCUCCACCUACAGCUGCCAUUUCGUCACCAGCCCGUACGGAAGGAAGCUUUAUGCCUCUACGAGAUACGACCCUCGUCGAUUUCCAACCUCCGACUACACAGCAUCACACCCCGGAUGAUUUGCCCUCCGAACAUUUACCCUCGGCAAAUUUACCUCACUCUACGAGUUUACACCAAGUAGAGGUAUAAGAAUAUAUGGAGAGGAGUGCGAUCGGGGAAACUAUCCCGAAGAUUUGCCCCGUCUUUGAUGGAUCAAUAAGGGAGGGCACGUCCUAAACCCCUAAAGGAGAAACCUUUACAACGGAGCUACCCGUUAUGAUAAAGUAGAGAAGUUUCGUUUUCUCUUGCUGUAACACUGAACCAGUGAGGGACUUCUUUUACUGGCCCGUCUAGGCUUCUACUGCUGUGGAGAGAACAGUUUAGACAAAACUGAUAGAGCAAAGCUAGGUUAGUUAGUUUUCCUGUAAAAACAUCGGGACAAUAAGGGAAGCUCUGGACCUAUAUACGGGAAAAUAUAUAAAAAUAUCCAAGUUAGUCUAAUUUAAUCCAAAUAAUAUCUACUGACCUUUAUGCUACUGACUGAUAGAUUUAUCCCUUUGACUUAUGGUGGUUUUAUGAAAGUCAUCUGUCUCGUUCUACAUUCGAAUGUGAAAACGGAAUCAGGAAUGUGAAGUCUUAUCGUUUUUAGAUAUCCCCCCGUAUAUAUUUGGAUGACAUCGCUGUUUCCCCAUACCCUGGUACGCGCACUCCCGUGGUUACCCCUUCUCAGUCAGAUCGACGUCACUCCCGCUCACCAAAUAGGCUGACGCCAAACCGAGCCUCUCCUCCUUUGACACGCUCUGCUCAACGAAGAAGGUUAGGCAUUUGUAUAACUUAAAAUGGCAAUAAAAGUUUCAUUUGGAAGAACUUUAAAAAUAAUAUAGAGAUCUUGAG